AUGUCUGUAUCUGAAAACGGUUCUGUUAUUACAAACGGAGACUGCAGCAGCAGCAGCGAUGAAGACCGAGUAUGUAGAGAUUAUAUAAGAAAUGUUUGCCGCCGGGGUAAGCGUUGCAAGUUUUUACACCCAGAUGAAGUAACCGAUAAUGGUAACAGUAAGUGCGACUAUGUUUUCUGCCAUGAUUUCCAGAACUCCAAAUGCACACGUGUGAAUUGCAGAUUCGUUCACUGUUCACAAGAUGACGAAGAAUAUUAUAAAACAACGGGGGAGUUGCCAUCACACGUUCUGGAGUCUCUCAUCAGGAAGGGAAUGGUUCCAAAUAUCCUGUUUGGAAGGCCGGGGGAAGCACCAGUGUGUAAAGACUAUAUUAACGGGGAAUGUCGCAGGGGAGCUAAAUGUAAGUUUCGGCACCUCUCGGUUAGGGAUUAUGAAAGAGAAAUUGCAUUUUGUGUUCGAAGCCCUCCUAGAACAAACACUACAGCUGUUCCUAUCACCAGAUGCAGGGAGAUAAAUGAUUUUGAUGGAACUUCAACCGAUGCAAAUAUAUCAGAGUUGAAGCGAAGGUACUCUGGGCCUGAUGAAAGCCCAGAAAUGAAACGCAGACAGCAAAGUUCCGAAUUACAAAUGGGCCAGCUAUUUCGAGAGAACUGUCACAUCGCAAAUGGACACUACUUUCCCACACCUUUGACCCCUCAUGUAUUGUCACACGCAGAAGCUCGGGCUUUGAUGGUUGAGGAUGAAAAUAUGAUGCUGCGCAAGAAGGUAGAGGUGUUGAAGAAGCAAGUGUCAGAUCUCACGGCCACAAACGAAUUCCUCCUGGAUCAGAAUGCCCAGCUGAGGAUGGGUAGCAAGCGCACAGCUAGUGUAACGGCGGUCACAGUUCCAGCGGUCACGAUAACCAACACGGGUGCCCCAACCAUGCAAGUUCAGCCCAUCACGGCUCAGAUACAGCCCGCCCAAGCCCCAACCCCGCAGCAGAUGGUGAACGCGGCAGUGGCAGCUGGAGCCCUGCGCACCGUGACGGCAAGCGUCGCCACCGUCCCUGUGUCAAUAGCAGCGGUCGCAGGGGCCCCGGUGUCCAUCGCUACCGUGUCCAUGGCCCCGGUACAGAUCCCACCCCCGGUCGUGACAAUGGCACAGCAGACCUUGACAGUGGAGGGGCCACCACCCCCUCCCCCACCCGGCCCCCCACCACAGCAAGGCCAGCAACAAAACUCUCAGCAACCACCCUUGCCCAUGUCGAUCAGCGGGCCAACUGCAUCCAUGGUCUCGUACCCCAUCAUGACACAAGAGCUACGACCUGUACUUCAGAACAGCCUCUCUCAUUAGUAGUUGAACUCAUCACUUUUGCUGAGGAGUGUACAUAAUAGAUUUAUUAUUUAUCCUCUAUGUGGCACUAAGUGAUUGUUUUCUCUUUCAGGAUUAAUUGAUGAAACAUUGUACUGAUAGCAAGCUGUAUUUUUUUUGUUAGAAUGUAUAUUUAGUAUAUUCCAUUCACUAUAGUUUAUGGUUCUUUUUGAAAGUCAAGUCCUAAAAUAGUUAUGAUUCGUAUAACAUCCACUUUUGUGGGGCCAAAUGUGUUCUACAGGCCACUAGUUGAUUAACAUUUGCCUAUAAUUCGUGUUGAUAUGGAUUAUGCUACUAGUAUACUCAUAGGCUCAAGCAUCUAUGAUUGCCCUACUUUUUAUCAUGACAAAAUAUCAGGCCAACUGCUGUGUAACACAUAACAAAUGUUUUGUGAUUGCUUGUUGGAAUUACAAAUUUUUGGGGAUUUAAAUAUAAGAUUUAUACUUAUAAAUUAUUGUGACAGGGUCAGUUUCAAAAUAUUUUUUUAGUGUUUUGAAGUUAAUUUAGAUGAAAGUAUGUACAUUGGUAUGGUUAAACUUAAAUUUUGUGAUUUAAUUUGCCUUGAAAGCUUUGUGCUCUUUGGAAUAAAUUAUGUUAUGGUUGUGAUAAACAAUGAAGAGUAGGUUAGGAUAUUCUAGAAAUUCAUGCUAAUUUGAUAGAUUUGGGUGUUGCCCUACUUCAUUGUAAAUGUGAAAUUGUUUAAUUUAUUAUGUUAUGUGGGAUGCACAGCAAGAGACAUUUAAAUUGCUCUAGAUUGGUGUUGUUAGUUACUGUAGUUUGAUGAUGUGGAUUGCAGUGGCUAUCUUGAGUAGGCUAUUGGGUGGGUUCAAAAUUAACUUGUGCUAGUGUUCAGAUCUGUCCGGCUUUCAACAAAUGUUGCUCAUUGUGACAUGUAAUUUAACCACAAGUGUUUUUAGCUUCAGUAGUUUCAGAUUAUGGUGAUUUUUUUUUAUGUGGCUUCAUUUAUAAUUUACUGGUUGGAGUAAGUGGUUUAAGAUUUUGCAGUGUAUUGCAUGAACUUUUGGAUUAGUCCUUGAAACAAUGAACAGAUUGUACUCUACCAAGAUAUGACAUGCACAAAGACUAGUUUUUGAUCAUCAAGUGCAGCAUUAUUGUGAUAAAAUGGAUGGUGGCUUAAUGAUUAAUUGAUAUAUGAGGCAAUGAGACUAUAAGUGGAAUUGCGAUGUUAAUAGGGAUGGAAUGCAUCAAUGGGGGAAACUGGAAGACCCAGAGAAAACUCACCAGCUGAAAGGCAACAUUGCCAUGUUUUCCAUUAAGACAAAUCCAGUUUUGACUCUCUUAGUACCUAAUUUGAGUUUUUUUUGAAUAAGUAACCACUGUGUUCUUGUCCUGUGAUUAAUAAACAAACAUUUUGUAAGUUUAGCAUUCAAUAUUGUUUAUUACAUACAACUACAAAGCAGAUCUUAUUUGCAAGUACUAUUUAAAUAAAUUAAUACAAUAAUAAGAGUGUAUUGUCUUUGCGAUACUGCUGAAAGUAGGCAACACACAUGGUUUUUUAACGUAUGCCAGGCAUUGCAGCGAGUCAGGCGCAGCGUUAUCACUGAUGCACAAACACUUGUGUCUGCAGCAAAAUGAGCAUGGAAGAAGAACCACACACAAGCAUUAAAUGGCAGGAUGAGAUAUAUUUACAGCAGUGAAUGUUGUACUAAUCCGCAAUACAUUUCUAAUGUUUUUCUUCAUGAAAUUUUGUGUAUGUGUUAAUGUGAAUUUUGAUUAUGUGGUUAAUAAACUUGAUUUAGUCAUGGUA